AUGUCUGAUCCAAUCGGCACUUUGCCAAGUGAAUUGAUCUCGGCAAUUUUUCAAAUUGUAAGUUUUUCUUCUCACUUUCAGUUUUUAAUUCAAACUAUUUUAGCUUGAUUACGAAGCUCCUCAAAAACUCGGACGGGUCCAUCCAUUUAUGGACGAGACUUUCAAAAAAGAGCUGAUAAACAUUGCUGGACCAAAAUGCGACGCCAAAAUCGUCAUCAAGAACAAAGAUGUUACACUGACUGUCAAAUCAACUGAUUUGUCGGAAGAAACUUCAAGAGAAGUUCCAUUGGAAGAAUGGAGAAUAGUAUUUGAAAAUGCGGAUUGUGCCAACUUCGAAAUUCAAACUGAUGAAGAACUCUCAAUGGAUCUUUUGAAUCAAAUUCUGAUCGCCAAAUCGAUCAAUAUUCUUCAAUAUUCUGGAAAAACAAUCACAAAAGAGAUCUUGGAUCGUUUGAAUGAUGCGACUGGAUUUAGACUUGAAGUUGAGGUGGAAAAAUGGACUCCCGGAAUGGCUGGAACUAGAAAAAUGGGUUCACUCAAUGUUUUGGUUCCACUCGGAGACCUUGAAGAUGUUGUGGAAGUUAUGAAAACGGUUCCUGAUGUUUAUCUUGAAGUCACAUGGUUGGCGUUGCUCGGCAGUGCGGAUGUUUUGCAGCAACUUAGCAAUGUGGAACUGAUCUCUGAGUGGCAUUUUAACAUCCAUGGACAUAUCGGAUAUUAUCCCAGAAAGGUGAUCUGCCAAGAAUUUGAGGAAAUGGUUCAAACAUGCUUCAAGGAUGUCGUACAUUUCAUCGACCAUAAAUCAGAUGAUAUCACCUUUAGUGUUUUUUUGAUUGCAAACACGUCCGACGACGAAUGGGACUAUAAUUAUUGA